CUUUCCAGGUGUGAUGAUCCCGAUCCCGCAGUACCCACUGUACUCGGCUUCCCUAGCGGAGUAUGGCCUGUGUCAGUGCGGCUACUACCUUAACGAGGAGACCAACUGGGGCCUUGACAUCUCCGAGCUGGAGCGCGCUAGAGAAGAGUGCUUGAAGCGCUGCGCUGUGAGAGCGCUGGUGGUCAUCAACCCCGGCAACCCUACGGGGCAGGUUCUGACCCGCGAGAACAUCGAGUCGAUCAUCAAGUUCGCGCACAAGCACAAGCUGUUCAUCUUCGCCGACGAAGUGUACCAGGACAACGUCUACGCGGAGGGAAGCAAGUUCUUCUCUUUCAAGAAGGUGUUGAGAGAGAUGGGCGGGCCCUACGACAAGGAGGUGGAGCUAGCCUCAUUCAUGUCAGUCAGCAAGGGUUACGUGGGCGAGUGCGGCCUGCGCGGCGGCUGGAUGGAGCUCGUCAACAUGGAGCCCGUGGUGCAGGCCAACCUUUACAAGGCCAUCUCCGCCAUGCUGUGCCCCACCACGCUGGGGCAGACCACCGUCGACUGCGUGGCUAAGCCGCCGCAGCAAGGCGAGCCGUCGUACGACCUGUGGCUGAAGGAGAAGACGGCGGUGUUGGACUCGCUGAACAAGCGCGCCAAGAUGAUCGCCGAGACCUUCAACAAGAUGGAAGGCUUCUCCUGCCAGGUCGUGCAGGGCGCCAUGUACGCGUUCCCGCAGUUCCAGCUGCCGGCGCGCGCGGUGGAGGCGGCCAAGAAGGCGGGCAAGGCGCCCGACGUCUACUACGCCUUCAAGCUGCUCGAGGAGACCGGUCAGUUCACAUCCUUAAGGCCUAUUCAAACCUGA